AGACCUGGAGGAGGAAGUAGUUUUUGUCAUUGCCAUUUUUAAAAAAAAUCUCAUCAUUAUUAUUAUUGGAUUUUUUUUUUAAACGGGCGGCUUUUCUGGGGACGAGGGCGCCGACCAUCUCCGUGUUUACACUUCAUCUUACUGUACGUGGAAGUGAGACACUACUUGGCAACAACUCGCGCAGCCUGCCGUGGGAAUUUGACACUUGAUUCCACGGAUCGGACAUUUUUUUUUUUUUGAACAGGGUUUGGUUAUUCCUGCAUCCAGGCUGCACCCCCCCCCUUCCUCUUUCCAUACACGAUGAGAUGCGUGAUAUUGUUGACAGUUAAUAUCAUGGGGGAGCCUGUAGCGCGCACCCCCUCUCAAAGUACACGUGAAGGGUCUUAGUUUCAAGCGCGGGACGUUUUGGAACCUCCAAAUGUGUGCUCCAGAACCACCGUGUGCAAGUAAAUAGCUUCAGAAUAGACUGGGUCGGCCCAUGAUCCGGACACCCGAACCCGCCGUCUGAUCUUCUCCCACCUACGCAUCCACGAUGUGUGCCAUCCCCGCGGUGCUGAUCGUGCUGCUGCGUGGACUGCUAAUCUCCGCGCUGCUGGGCUCCAACUCGGCGGAUACUAAAGAUGGGGCCACCCCAGAUCCGUGCCUCCUGGUCGUCCCCCCGUGCGCGGGCGACGCCGACCGCUUCAGCCUGGUGGCCUUGCGCCACAUCCACAAAGAGCUGGACGACGACAACGACGGCGGCAUCGAGGUCAACGAGAGCGUGGAGUUUAUAAUAGAAGACAUGAAGCAGCAUCAGACCAACAAGCACAGCAACCUGCACCGCGAGGACCAACACAUCACCGUGGAGGAGCUUUGGAAGGGCUGGAAGACCUCAGAAGUCCACAACUGGACGGUGGAAGACACGGUACAGUGGUUGAAGGAGUCGGUGGAGCUGCCCCAGUAUGAAAAAAACUUCCGGGAUUUCCACGUCACCGGCAACACGCUCCCACGCAUCGCCGCAAACGAGCCGUCGUUCCUGUCCGUGCAGCUCAAAGUGUCAGACCAGCGACACAAACAAAAACUCAACCUGAAGGCUCUCGACGCGGUCCUUUUCGGCCCCCCGCUGCGUCCGCAACACAACUGGACGAAAGACUUCGUCCUCACGAUCUCCAUCGUGAUCGGCGUGGGCGGCUGCUGGUUUGCCUACGCGCAGAACAAGUCCAGCAAGGUGCACGUCUCCCAGAUGAUGAAGGAUCUGGAGAGCCUGCAGAACGCCGAGCAAAGCCUCCUCGACCUGCAAAGUCGUUUGGAAAAGGCUCAGGAAGAAAACCGGACAGUCAUUGUGGAGAAGCAGAAUCUGGAGCAGAAGAUGAGGGACGAGAUCACCGGAGCCAAGAAGGAGGCCCAUCGACUUCGGGACCUACGAGAGGGCGCCGAAUGCGAGCUCAGUCGCCUCAAAUACGCAGAAGAGGAGCUUGUGCAGGUCCGAAAGGCCCUCAAGCGAGCCGAGAAGGAGAUUCAGUCUGAGCGCUCGCUGCCCGAAGCUCUGCAGAAGUGGCUCCAGCUCACGCACGAGGUGGAAGUUCAGUACUACAACAUCAAGAAGCAGAGCGCUGAGCUACAACUCUGCGUCGCCAAGGACGAGGCGGAGAAAAUCAAAAAGAAGAGAAGUUCUGUGUUUGGAACUCUCCACGUCGCACACAGUUCCUCGCUGGAUGAGGUGGACCACAAGAUACUCGAGGCAAAGAAAUCCUUGUCAGAGGUGACGGCGUGCCUGAGGGAGCGCUUGCACCGCUGGCAGCAGAUCGAAAGGCUCUGCGGCUUCCCCGUGGUCAACAACUCGGGGCUGCCGAGUCUGACGGCCAGCCUCUACUCUGACCACAGCUGGGUGGUGAUGCCGCGCGUCUCCGUCCCGCCGUACCCAAUCGCCGGCGGCGUGGACGACCUGGACGAGGACACGCCUCCUAUCGCUCCCCAAUUCACAGCAAACUUGAUGCGGCCCCCGCUGACGCGCAACAGCAGCGCGUGCCGCUCCCGCCGGAGCCUCAUGUGCUCGUCCUCCGCGAUGUCCCCGGACCCCGACCUGUUGUCCGUGGCCGGCUCGCCCAUCUCCUUUCACCUCGAGGCGGACGACGAAUUUGUCACGUUCGGCUCGGACCGGAAGGGGGACACCGCCCAGGAGGGCAACCCCGACACGGACACUCAGAACUCCCCAGCGGGUCGCAAGCCGCCGCACAACCCCUGCUUGGUGACCCUGGACGGCUCGUACCGCAAGAUUUCCUGCGAGGAAAUGCUGCCGUUCAACCGGAGCCAGGAGUUCCCCACGUGCACCGGCGGGGACUCCACCCCGCCUCCUUUGCCCCCCGCAAUGGCCACCACCCCCUCGGGCCCGCCGUCCACCUCGCCGUCGCCGGACCUAACCCGGACCACGCCGCAGACUCGGGCCGUCGCAUCUCCGUCGGGGAGGGCCACGUAUAACGGCAUCCUGGAGAAGUCGUACAGUUUUGGCGCCUUGCCCGCCGGCAUUCUGCCCUCCGUGGGCCGCUACCCGUCCCUCACCUCCCUGGACUCGGAGGGUCGGAGCGUGGGCCGGGAGUACAAGCUCCUGAGCACCUCCUCCCAGGACUCCAGUGACAACGGAGAGAAAGUCAAGCGCUCCACCUCCAAAAUCAAAAGCUUAUUUAAGAAAAAAAAAUAAAACUCGCAGAGAAAGAAGUCAAACAAGGACGUCACUGUGAGCUCGACCAGCUCUUCACCAUAAACCGCAGAAUGUAGCUCAGUCCGCUCGCCCCAGAUUGGCGGCCAUAUUUUUUCACAAAUGCCUUCCCAAAGGCCAAACGUCACGCCGCAACUGAAGCAAGCACACAACGGCACACUCCUUGACAAAAAAAAAAGAAAAAAAAAAAGGUGGGAAUAUUCAACCCCCCCCCCCCGCGCCACAUGAUUUAUGAUUCGGGCUGCUCCUGGCUCGUUGUUACAUCACAGUGGUGGAAAAAAAAAAAAAAAAAAAGAAGAGAUAAACGCCGAUCCGGCAAAACGAUUUGUUGCACUCCUUCCUGAUAUUUUGGGAAUCUAAAAAGUGAAAAAUCCAUAAAGGUCGCAUGACGCCACUUUAACGUUGACACCCGAUAUACACACUUUUCUACUGUUUUGAUUUGAUCGAUUUCAGCGUGUGUGUGUGUGUGUGAGGUUCCUGAAGUUGUUGUCUGGUACUACUCGAUUGACCGAGCCUUCUCUGCGCCGCCGAAGGCGACCCGGCUUUCCGUUUCCUCCAGAUUGCCAUCAAGGUGUCGGAUAAUUCUUCAUGUCGAGGACACACGGCUGCCAGGAAGUGUGUCUGUGCUGUGAUGAUGGUGCGUCUGUAUCAGACACCUUUAAAUUUGCUUCCCGUAACUAGCCCAGAAAAAAAAAAGGCAAUAUGGACCUCCUCGUGUGAUGACGUCAAAUAGCUCCCGCCUCACACGUUACCUCCGUGCCGUUGACGGGCCAAGCGGCGGCGCGGUGCUCGAUGCGGUUUACGAGGUGUGGGCACCGGAUGACGAAUCAAUGCAAUUAUUAAGAUUAUUUGAUAUGGACUAAAGAGCGCACAAAGGAAGGAAAAAGUCCGAACUGUAAGGUUGGGAAAAAUGUUGACGACACACUUGUGUUUUUGAGAACAUUUUUGUGCGUGAAUAUUUGCAUACUGUUGAAGAAUUAAUAAUAAUAAAUAAAAAACAAAGUGGC